UCAUCGACAUUACACAAUUUAGUCCGAUUGUAACGAAAAUAGAAUGGCAGCGGCGAGCAGCGUGUCGGUUUUGGCCCCCAACGGCCGCCGCCAGACCGUCCGAUGCACAGGAAACACGACCGUAUUAUAAUCGAAGAAGUGUGUCGCAAACAGGGUUUGCAGCCCGAAGACUAUGAUAUUAAACACCACAACAAAGUCCUUGACACAACACUCUCUUUUCGUUUCUCAGGGCUGCCAAACAACGCUCAACUGGAACUAACCGCGGCUAAAAGGGCCCGGGUUGACUCAGAAGUAAUUUUAGCAGUAAGUCUGGACGAUGGAAAUCGCCUCGUCGGACAAUUUCUCCCUGAUGAAUCUCUCUGGGAUAUAUUAUUGACGUUGUGUCCCAAUGAAGUCGUUGUCAAGCAAAAUCCGGUGGUUGUUUACAUGAGGAACGAAGUGUACGGGGAGGAGAAGCUCCAGAACACCACUCUGAGGAGUCUGGGGUUAAGAGGGGGGCGCGCUGUUGUACGAUUGAUUCAUAAAAGUCCAGAACAAUUGAGCAUGCAAGCUGGGGUUUCUGCUCCUCUGACGGCUAAACCAGCGGAGCCCCAACGAUACACCGUCGAGACGGACCAAAAUAACCCCCCUCACGUUAUACAGAAAAAACAGGAGUUGGAUUUCGUACAAUUGUUAGCAAGGGAAAGAGAAAAACGCAAAUUGGAGAGUCCUUCGAAAGCGGUGGAGCCAGAAGUGCAGUCACCACGAACCAAACCCAAAAUCGAAUCCACGGAUGAAUCUAUGGAAGUGGAAGUGCAAACCUCUAACAAUGAAAAAACUGUAAAACCGGCGAAGAAGGUGCAAGUGGCGAAAGUCUACGACCACGAAGAGAAUUUCGUUUUUCUGGGGGACCGCCAGGCCAUGCUUUUCUCGUUGGAGUCUGCGCGGUCGCUGCCCGCUGAAGACCUUCCGGAUGAUUUCUUCGAACUCACUAUAGACGACGCCAAGAAAAUUUUGCACGAUAUCAAGCGGAAAAGGCAUGAAAUGGAGAACGCGAAUCUGAUGACGGCGGCCAUGAGGACUUUGGAAGAAUCGAAAAAGCAGCUGAGGCAGUUACACAAAUAUAAACAAUCGGUGAUUAGGGUACAAUUUCCGGAUAGGACGAUUCUGCAGGGUAGUUUUAAACCAAGAGAAACCAUCCAAGAUGUUAAAAAUUUCGUUAAGAAUUAUCUAGAGGAGGAAAAUCUAGAUUUCCAUCUUUAUACAACCCCUCCCAAGUCAAUCUUGAACGAACAAGACUGUCUUCUGGAGAUUGGGUGUGUACCAGGGGCUCUUCUGCACUUGUCGAGCAACGCGGAAAAAACAGUGUCUUUAAAAUCCGAACUCAAGGACAAAUUUACGACGAAUUCGAUGGCCAGUUUGGCCGCUUCCAAGCUCCGGAAAGAGACAACAAGAGUCGAGGAGGAGCCCGAAGGGGGCGAAGACGACUCCAUGGAGAUUUCAAGUGAUACAAAUGUGCCAGGUCCAAGUUCUCAACCCACCAGUUACGAAAGAAAGGUUAUCAAGUCUACAGAGAAAGUACCAAAGUGGUUUAAACCCUCAAAAUAAUUGUUAAGUUUACACUCGCAUUUUUACUUUAUAUACAUCAGUUAGCUUUAAUUCAGGUUGUAUUAAAUAAAAUUGAAGCAACGAU